AUGUCUUCUCGAUACCGCAGAUCAAGAACCUGUCAACUGACGAAAACAAUAUUGAUUCUCGUUCUUCUUCUUAUCCUUUUGAGUUGCUGCAAUGGAGCAAGAACUACGAACGUGUUCACCACGAGUUCGCCACGCAAAGAAAACGCCGUAGUCUCGCCACCUCCUCAUCAUCAUCAAGUACAAGAUCACAAAAGCGUACAAUUCUUGGGGUUUUUGCCACGUCAGUUUCCGGUUCCAGCUUCUGGUCCUUCGAGAAAACAUAACGACAUCGGUUUAAGUAGUACUACUACAACUCGAUCUUCUCCUUGA